GGGGUCCUUUAAUUCUGAUGGCGUCUUAGUGAAGAUGUUGUGAAUAAUUUUAUAUACUUUUUUAUAUGUUUAAUUUAAUGCUCAUAAAUCUGUACAAAUGCGUAGCUCGUAUUUUAAGCCGCAAAAUGGCUCCAACUACAAAUACACAAAGUUAAAAGCUUCGAGUCAGUUUAAAACUGACUCACCUAGCAAGUCAGUUGCAAUGUCCCAGAAACCCCAGAAAAAUGCCCAAACUGCACAUUACAUCGAGCUGGGAGGUUACCAGUACUGGCCUGUACUGGUGCCCAGAGGCAUCAGACUGUACACGUACGAACAGAUCCCGGUUUUCCUGAGAGAAAAUCCAUACAUCACAGACGGAUACAGAGCCUACCUGCCAUCCAGGCUGUGCAUCAAGAGCCUCUUCAUCCUAUCCAAUGAGACGGUGAAUAUCUGGAGCCAUCUGUUGGGCUUCCUGCUCUUCUUCUGCAUCGGCGUGUACAACAUGGCGUCGGUGCUGCCCUCCAUCCAUGCCUCCAAGGAGGAUUACGUCAUCUACUCCAUCGGGCUGUUCUGCUUCCAGCUGUGCAUGCUCUGCUCCGUGGGUUACCACCUGUUCUGCUGCCACCGCUCGGAGAAGACCAGCCGCCGCUGGAUGGCGCUGGACUACGCCGGCGUUUCCAUCGGCAUUCUGGGAUGCUACGUUCCAGGAGUGUUUUACACUUUCUACUGUAACAAUUACUGGCGGCAGGUUUACCUGGUGACGGUCCUGGCCAUGAUCCUGGCCGUCUUCUUCGCCCAGAUCCAUCCUCUCUACCUCAGUAAGCAGUGGAAGCAGCUGCGCUCGCUCAUCUUCUGCUCUGUGGCCGGCUACGGCCUCAUCCCGACGCUCCACUGGAUCUGGAUCACCGGAGGAUUCUCCUCACAGCUCGUGCAGGCUUUUGUUCCACGGAUCCUUGGGAUGUACUUCAUCGCAGCGUUGGCGCUUAUUUUUUAUGUUUCUAAGGUUCCAGAGCGAUAUUUCCCAGGCCAGCUGAACUACCUGGGCUCCAGCCACCAGGUGUGGCACCUGCUGCUGGUUCUGAUGUUCUACUGGUGGCACCAGUCGUCGGGUUUCAUCAUGGCGUACAGACACAGUCAGCCGUGUCCCGCCGCUCCUCAGCACACUUAGUUCACGACGCAACACGCCCAGUUUCUGAACGAAUGACCUUUGACCCGGUGGCUUGCAUUUUACCUGCCUGAUGGUCAGUGGCGCUGCAGCACAGGAAACGAGGUGACAUGAAUGCAUCAUAAAAAUCCCCAACAGGAACAAAUUAACAGGAAGCUCCUGAACUUCCUGGUUCUCCAAGUGCCUGUAAAUGAUGUAGCAUCAAAUGUUUCUGAAUGGGGAAACUUAAAUCUGCAGAUUUUUUGAUAUUUGAUGUUUUAACAAUAUCAAGAAGCAAAAAGUGAGCAUGUUAAAGCAAUUAAAACCCCAAAGACUUGUUGUUCAGCAGCUUCUUUCAGAACUGUUAAUCAGAUUUGUAUGUUUUAUUUGGGAUUUAGUCGAGGUUCUUAAGCUCAUAUUAGCAGGGAGUAAUGAGCAGCUCCGCCUCUAGAGGUCACUACUGAGACACAACAGUGAUUUAAGUGGCAGUAUUAAAACUACAUUCUCUGUCCUUUUAUAUUCAUUGUUAUAAUCUUGUAUUUGGUUCAUAUGUGAGGAUUUUUUUGGGAGCAGACAAGAGAAAAAAAAAUCAGUGUUUUCAGAUGUAAUACUGUAAAAUAUGAUGUUCUAGCUCCCUUAGGGUGAUGUGCAAUGUUUUACUGUUUUAGUAUUUCAAAUGACUUCAUUCCAAAAUGCAGCACCUACAUGUUAAACCAGCUUUUAUGUACAUUACAUGAAUGUUUUAUCUAUUAAAACAUUUGAUUAUAUUUAGACUUCAAAUUUGACCUCAGCAAAACUAUAUAUAUAUAUAUAUAUAAAAAACGCUAUAUUAGCCUCCUAAUUAUAAAUCAGUUCUUAGCCUUAAAACAAACCAUCAGAUCUUCAGAGGGGCUUACAAACAGGUUUUUGUUUUAGGGUUUUCUACAAUGACAGAAGAGUGCAAACGCACAAGACACUGGCUGUUACAAACACAUAAAAUGGAAGCAAAAACCUUUAAAUCAACAAAAUAAAUGCAAAUGAAAAAUGUUCCCACCUACAGGAAAUGGAAACAAAAUGGAAAAAUUCCUUAAAAACAUAUUAAUAUGAAUUUAGAAGCUUUUCUAAAUAUGAAAAGCUGUAAACCUUCUCCAUAAAAACAAAAGUGCUCCAGACCACUAGGUGGAGUAUGGAGUAGGUGAUUUUUACAUACGUUAAUCCUGAUGUUCAAUGGUCUUGUAAAAGACUGCAUUUUUCAAAAAGUAUAACACUCUCUUUUUUUCUGCACAUCCCAUCUUUACUCUGCAUUUGGUCCAAGAUGAUUUGUCUCCCCCUAGUGGUCUGGAGGACUUCGAUUUUGCAGCACAAGUUUGCAGCAUUUAUGUUUGCACCAUUGUAGUUUUACCCAAAACAGAAACAUUAUCGGUUUCACGAUUAUAAAUGAAAACCUUUGGUGAUGGAGGCACACAAGAUAUUUGGAGGAGGAGGUUAGACAAUUACUUGAAGCCUUAAAAAGGAGAAUAAGUCACUACACUCUUCAUUCAUGCAGAUUUUUUAGUAAAUAUUUUCCCUUAACAUUUUUAAAGACUUAUAGUGAUUAAGUUAAAUGGCAGUGGACUCAUUUUGGGAUGAAAUUUGAUAUCGUUUUUAAAUUAUUAAUGGACUUAACUGUACUGUUUGUACAUUUGUCUUUUAUAUCUGCGACUUGUAAAUGAGACCUUUUUUUCCAUUUUGGUUAUUAAAAGAGAAGCUGGGUA